UAGGCCAGUAUCCUCCUGGUAAACAAGCGGUGUAGGUGUGGGAGUGACCUUGGAGGGGGGUAGGCAGACACACACUAGGCAUGGCUCUCCGGUGUGCUGCUGAGUUGAGGAAUAUACUGUGUAAUCGAGUCUCUACAAAGAUCAUCUCUGGGCCUCAGGUGAGCAGAGUGACGGCACCUGGGAGGAAUCUCAUCAUGCGACCUAUUACAACGUCUUCUGUGAACUUCUUGAAGGAAAUUCUCAUUCAAGACGAGGGCAAUAAGGUGAUAGUAGAAGGAGUUUACAGGGAGUCUCCGCGUACUCCCCUAGUGAUCAAGACGGGGGAGGACUGCCAGGCGUGUUCACUCUGUGCUCUCAACCUUAACUUGAAACAUACUGACGUGCUGAUUCUCUCCCAGUUUAUGCGAGAUGACGGCUGCAUGUUGCCUCGUCGUGUUACAGGACUGUGUGGGCCGCAGCAACGAAGGGUCACUCUUCUGGUGGCGAUGUCACAGAAAGCUGGUUUGAUGCCUAAUUUAAAUCCAUCGUACAGCAACAAGGAUCCAAAGAAGCGACACAACUCAAAGAAAUACAACAGAUACUUUGAUGAAUCAACACUCGAUAAGAAACGCCGGCGUAAAGCAACUUAAUGUGUUUCCACUGCAUGUAUUUUCUUUGUAGCUAUUUCAUUGUUAAAGAUGUAUAUUGUAAAUCAGAUUUUUAAUGAAAGGGGAAGUUAUGAAUAAAUCCUUCUUCAGUA